UUUUUCGCGCAAGUAGUUGACGCCGUUGCCCACAUGCAUGAAUACGGGAUUGCGCACCGCGACAUCAAGGUUGAAAAUAUCAUGGUGGCGCGGGAUGGCACGGUCAAAUUGAUCGAUUUUGGUAGCGCAGCAGUGUCUCGGAACUUGCUUACGGGCGCACGGAUUGGAAGCUGGGCUAAUUGGAUUGGAACACCGAUUACUAUGGCGCCAGAAGUUCACGGAGAGCGCUUCUUUGAUAUGGAGAAGGCGGAUGUAUGGUCACUGGCUGUAGUAUUUGUGAGGUUGUGGUUAGGUGUGUAUCCUUGGGAGCCAGAGAUGAUAUUGGGAGGGCUAGAAGAAAAUGAAGCAUUCGGGGUUUACACGGAGGAAAUGAGGGAUGAGAGAGCGUGUGGAGAAAGUGAAGAUGAGGAUAGAUUGCUGUGCCAAAUACCGCUCGAGAAAGCGCGAGUCGUGAUUGCUGCGAUGCUGGAGCUUGAUCCGAUGCGGAGGAGCACUUUGCCGAUGGCCCUGAAUAGCGCUUGGCUU